AUGUUGCUCGGUCAGCAUUCUAGCGCGCGACUGGACUCUCUGGCCAGGCAGCGACGCGGUCUUGUAGACGGCGUAAGAUAUCUCGCUAACAGUCUGUUCGGCGUAUUAGAUGGCCGAUUCGCCGAACAAUAUCAAAAGGAUAUCAGGUUACUGCGUGACAACCAACGGCAUAUUUCGUCAUACUGGCAGAAUCAAACAUCUAUUAUCAAAACACAAUAUUUUACUGUGAUUGCGAACAAAAUGCAAUCUAGUGAGUUGAACGUAAAACCUGAGGUAUACGCUCCAGUAAUACCACCAAUAAAUCAGAUUAUCAACAUCCCUAUCCCACACUUAGUUCCACUGAACGAAUGUGGAAAGUUAUGA